CAUCGUAAAUUGUAAUCAGUUUUUCUUACAGAUCUACGAUCUAUUGCUCUUGCCUGAACGUUCGAAAGAUCCAGGAAAAGCAACAGAUCGUCGAUCACCGAAGGGAAGUAGUGCCUGUCGCAGGGAGAACAGAAUGUUUCGUAACCAGUAUGACAACGAUGUUACAGUUUGGAGUCCUCAGGGGCGUAUUCAUCAGAUUGAAUACGCCAUGGAAGCAGUGAAGCAGGGAUCAGCUACUGUGGGGCUUAAGUCUCGAACCCAUGCUGUGCUCGUGGCUCUUAAGAGGGCCCAGUCAGAGUUGGCUGCUCACCAGAAGAAGAUUCUUCAUGUGGACGACCACGUGGGCAUCUCCAUUGCAGGCCUGACAGCGGACGCCCGGCUCCUCUGUAACUUCAUGCGUCAGGAGUGCCUUGACUCCCGGUUUGUGUUUGACCGACCGCUCCCCGUGUCCCGCCUGGUCGCCCUAAUCGGAAGCAAAACCCAAAUUCCAACGCAGAGAUAUGGAAGGCGGCCAUACGGUGUCGGCCUGCUCAUUGCCGGCUAUGAUGACAUGGGGCCGCACAUCUUCCAGACGUGUCCCUCAGCUAACUACUUUGACUGCAAGGCCAUGUCCAUCGGUGCCCGCUCUCAGUCUGCUCGCACUUACUUGGAACAGAAAAUGGAACGUUUCCCUGACAGCAGCCUUAAUGAACUGGUCCAGCACGGUCUGCUUGCCUUGAGGGAGACCCUCCCCACAGAGCAGGAUCUCACCACCAAAAACGUGUCUGUCGGGAUUGUUGGAAAGGAAAUGGAGUUCACCAUCUACGAUGAUGAUGAUGUGGCCCAGUUCCUGGAAGGCCUUGAAGAGAGACCCCAGAGAAAGGUUGCCCCACCUCCAGAGGAGCCAGCAGCGGAGAAGGCUGAGGAGCCCAUGGAGCACUAAGCCGGCCCACUCCUCCUCUCAGACCGUCGUCAUAGAGCUCUUUCCCCAGCCACCCACCUCUGUCACUUAGCGGCCAUGUCCACGGAGAUAUAGUCUGCCUGUCAAUCGGGUUGCAUGGGAAAAUCUGGAAACAUUGCACAGAAAUCCCAUGGCAGUUAAUUUGUUUUGUACUGAGAAAUGUAUUGUGCAAAAUGCAGUUUCAAUUACAACAAGAGCAGGAAUUCACGUUUGUUUUUGAAAA